AUGAGUUUCCGAGAAAAGGUGCGGAGGGUGUUCCGCCGGUCCAGCAGUGGGUCCUCGUCCAAGGGCAAGGGCAAUGGAAUCAAGAUCGAAUACUACAAACGCGGCGAAAUCCCUCGGUCGAAAUUCAAGGGCCCUUUCGACAAGGAACAUCAACGGAAACUUGCAGCAUGGUCGUUUGGGGACGCCCAAGCGGAACGUCCGCGUACUCCCGAUCUCAGCCUCUCCCCCUGUGCGUCCAUACCGGAUUUCAUGAGAGCGCGGUACGAAGAAGACGCCGCCGACGACCUCGCCCCCGAUCAGAUUCGAACAGUACGACCCGAAGUAGAUGUGACAGUUGAUCCCCCUUCGGUUCACCAUGACGAAUACGCCUGCGGCCGACAAGGAGAGAGUGGCUCAUCGUCAUCCACAGCCGUGGAGCCUGAAAGCUACAGCGAGUCCCUGGUGACUCUGUUUGCCGACUUCGACCGGGUUGACUCGAUCGCCCAGCUGAAAGAAACGAUCCGCUACACUUCCCCGGCUGUACGAGCGAUUUCGCCGCCCCCCUUGUCGCCCAAGGGGUGUUACAUGCCAUUCUCACCGGAGGAGCUGACACGGGCGUUGAACGCCGUGCAGAUCUGCUCAUAG